GCACGGACGUGACGUCAUAGAUAAGUACCUCUUUACCCGUCUGUAUUCCGUCAACCACCCGAGCGCACGGAGCGUAAAUCGCGUUUUGGGUUUCCUCAAACUAAAACCACUUCUGACUGCCAACGUGGACAGAGCUGACGCUCCCGUGAGAGCUCGCCCUGAAACCAGCUUUCCAAAUGAGUGACGGGGAGUGUGACUUCUUCUGCUUCUUCCGCUGCUGCUGAGUGUGCUCUCUAAGCGCCUCAGACCAACGGGAAGGCAGGGCGUCUAUGAACACUGACACGAGCGAAAGAGCCGUGGAAAGAAACGGGGACGUGCAGCUUCAAAGGAGCCAUUUUAGCCAAUCGGACAACUUUGAUCCGACAGGUAGGCGGGCCGUCUACCUGUCCGGGUGAUUGAUUCAAUCGACUGAAUGUCUGUGGAUAUGAACAGCCAGGCAUCGGACAGCAAUGAGGAAGACUUCGGGGUGAACUCUGAAGAAGAGGAGGAUGAGGACGAUGGAGGCGAAGAGGAGGAUCAGGGUGACAUUGCCGCCUACUAUGAGGGUGUGGCCAGCGAUGUUGAGCAACAGGGUGCGGACUCCUUCGACCCAGAGGAGUACCAGUUCACCUGUCUAACGUAUAGAGAGAGUCAGAAGGUGCUGACGGAGGAGGUUAACACUGUGGCUGCUGCACUGAAGGUUUUACCAGCAGUAGCAAAGCUGAUCCUGGUACAUUUUCACUGGCAGGUUUCACAAAUACUGGACAGAUAUAAGUCCAACUCGUCUCUGUUGUUGUCUGACGCUCUGGUCCAGCCCAGCAGCACCUGCCGAUCAGUCACUGCCCCUCAGUCCCUCCAGUGUGGUGUGUGCCUACAGGUUGUACGAAGAGACUCCCUGCUGGCACUACCCUGCCAGCACUCCUUCUGCAAAGGAUGCUGGGAGCAGUACUGCACUGUACUAGUCAAAGAUGGCAUGGGAGUGGGUAUCUCAUGUAUGGCUCAGGACUGUUCCCUGCAGAUGCCAGAAGACUUUGUCCUGCCGUUGCUGCCAGCAGAGGAGCUGAAGGACAAAUACAGACGAUACCUCUUCAGAGACUAUGUUGAGAGUCACUUCCAGUUGCAGUUGUGUCCAGGUGCAGACUGUCCCAUUGUCAUCAAGGUGCAGGAGCCACGGGCGCGCAGGGUGCAGUGUAGCCGUUGCAGUGAAGUCUUUUGUUUUAAAUGCCGUCAGAUGUACCACGCACCCACAGACUGUGCAACGAUCCGGAAAUGGCUGACCAAAUGUGCAGAUGACUCGGAGACGGCUAACUACAUCAGCGCACACACUAAAGAUUGUCCUAAGUGCAAUAUCUGCAUUGAGAAGAACGGAGGAUGCAAUCACAUGCAAUGCUCAAAGUGCAAACACGACUUCUGCUGGAUGUGUCUUGGUGACUGGAAAACUCACGGUAGUGAAUACUACGAGUGCAGCCGCUACAAAGAAAACCCUGAUAUAGUCAACCAGAGCCAGCAAGCUCAGGCCAGAGAGGCCCUCAAAAAAUACCUCUUCUACUUCGAGAGGUGGGAGAAUCACAACAAGUCUCUGCAGUUGGAGGCUCAGACGUACCAGAGGAUCCAGGAGAAGAUCCAGGAGAGAGUGAUGAACAACCUGGGAACCUGGAUUGACUGGCAGUACCUGCAUAACGCUGCAAAGCUACUGGCUAAGUGUCGCUACACACUGCAGUAUACGUACCCUUACGCCUAUUACAUGGAGUCUGGCCCACGCAAGAAACUGUUUGAGUACCAGCAGGCACAGCUGGAAGCAGAGAUAGAAAACUUGUCAUGGAAGGUGGAGCGGGCUGACAGCUAUGAGAGAGGAGUGGUGGGAGGCGAGGGGGAGCUCAGUGCCAGUGACAGAGGG